AGACAAACGUUUUUUUCUUUUUACCCAGAGUGCAGCGUCCAUUCGGUCUUUCACAGGCAAGCUAAAAUGGCGUCAGCUCCCGAUUACAGUUCCUACAGUCAGGCCAGUGCUCAACCAGGGUAUGCCUCUUAUGGCACCCAGCCAUCACAGAGUUAUGGACAAACAGCACAGAAUUAUGGAUCAUACACCCAGCCUGCUGCAGCUGCUGCAGACAGCAGCUACACCCAGGCGACCCCUGCAGCUGCAGGAUACCCUCAGCAGCAACAGCAGUAUAGCUCCUCCUAUGGACAACAAGCAUCAGCUGCAGGCUAUCCCGCUGCUCAGUCUACAGCUCAUGGCUAUUCGCAGUCAACUCAAGGCUAUGGAGCCAGCGGGUAUGAUAGUACUCCAGCUGCAGCUACCGCUCCAGCCGCAUCCCAGUCGUAUGGCUCCCAGCCAGGCUACACCGCCCAGUCCGCCUACACUGGUUAUGGUCAACAGGCAGCUCCAGCUGCACCGCAGAGUUACAAUGCUAGCAAUCAACCAGCUAGUUACAGCCAGAGCAGCUACUCACAACCUGCGUCAUAUGGACAACAGCAGGCUGGUUACCAGGGUCAACAAGCAGGUUACAACCAGCAGCAGGGUUACCAGCAGCAGACAACUCAACAACAAGCUCCACCUGCCUACCCUCCUCAAACUGCUGGUUCUUAUGGUCAGCCUCCAGCCAGUCAGUACAACACACAAGGUGGACCACCUAGUUACAACCAGUCCAGCCAUUACAGUAGCUACAGGCAGGAUGGUCAGGGUGGAAGUUCUGGUUAUCCUGGCUCUGAGCCCGGAAGGUACUCAGGCCCAGGGGACAGCAGAGGUCCUGGCAGGGACGGCUUUGACCGUGGUGGCAUGAUGCAUCGUGGUCGCGGAGGCAUGGGGCGUGGAAUGGGCAGCGCUGGAGACAGAGGUGGCUUCAGUAAGCCUGGUGGCCCCAUGGGUGAUGAACGAGAAAUGGGACGACCAGAGGAGCAGGAUGAUUCCGAGAACAGUACGAUUUACAUCACAGGCUUGACUGAAAAGGCUAACCUGGAGGAAAUGGCUGAAUUCUUCAAACAUGUUGGCCCGAUAAGGAUGAACCGCAGGCUUGGCCAGCCAGCUAUCAACAUCUAUACGGAUAAGGAGAGCGGAAAGCCCAAAGGAGAUGCCACUCUGUCCUACGAGGAGCCCAUCUGUGCCAAGGCUGCUGUAGAACAUUUUGAUGGAAAGGAGUUUCAAGGCCGACGGCUCAAGGUGUCAAUGGCUCGUCGAAAGCCAAUGCUGGGUGGCGGAAUGAGAGGGGGCAUGCCCAUGCGUGAUGGCAUGAUGGGCCGAGGAGGCAUGAUGGGUCGUGGAGGAGACAGAGGAGGUUUCGGCCUUCGAGGUGGUCCACGUGGAAUGGGUAGAGGUGGACCCACUGGAGGCAACAUGCAGCAGAGAGCUGGGGACUGGGAAUGUCCAAAUCCUGGCUGUGGCAACCAGAACUUUGCCUGGAGGAUGGAGUGUAACCAGUGCAAAGCCCCCAAACCAGAGGGUCUUGGCGGCGGUCCUCCCUUUCCCCCUGGAGGUGACAGAGGCAGGGGUGGAAUGGGAAUGCGUGGGGGCAGGGGCAUGGACCGCGGGGGACCUGCAGGAGUCGGGGGUCCCGGCGGCCCCGGAGGCUUCCGUGGAGGCUGGGGAGGCGACCGUGGUGGGUUUAGAGGACGCGGUGGAAUGGACAGGGGAGGUUUCCGAGGGGCCGGGCGUGGAGGCCCACCAAUGGACCGAAUGGGUGGCAGAGGUGGAAGAGGAAUGGGACCACCAGGUGGCAAGAUGGAUAUGAGGGACCAUCGUCAGGAGCGCAGAGACAGACCUUACUAAAGAGGCACAGUUCUGUGGAAACUGUUUUUUAAAAACCCUUUUAAGUUAUGAUUCCAUAUUUUGAUGGUGUAGAACUGCUUUCACAUGUCUUGUGCAGUUGGUAAACUCAUGGCUCAUUUUUUUCCUCUAAUUCAUGUUUAUGCAACGUUCUGUAUUGUGCAUGUUUUUGUUUAUUUUUUAACAUGUAGAUUAGCUUUGAAUUUGUAUCAUACGACAAUGCAGUUUACUUCAUUGGUUAGUAUAAUUGCCUCCCUUCUCCCACAAGUUAUAAUUGUAUGGUGAUAAACUUGGGAAAUAAAAUUUUACUGAUUUGAUGUUCA